AUGAAAGAUAAAAAACAAACUAAAGUUGCUGUUGAAGAUUCAGAAGAUGAAACAAGUUCAGAACAAGGUAAUGGAACAAACGGGACAGUUAAAUUAACUGAACAAGAUAAACAAAAAGGAAAUUUGAAAAAUUUUACUAUUUCAAAAAAAAUAGUUAAAAAACUCAAAGCUCGUGAUAUUGAAUAUCUCUAUCCAGUUCAAGCAGGAAGUUUUACAACUAUUCAUGAGCAAAAUGAUUGUUUAAUUCAAGCAGCAAAUGGAAGUGGAAAAACAUUAGCUUUUGCAAUUCCUCUUGUUGAAUUACUUCAAAGUGAUAAAACAGCUGAAUUAACAUCAGGACGAGCACCACGUGUUCUUGUUUUAACAGCAACACGAGAUACAGCUAAACAAAUCUCAGAUGAUUUUCAAUCAAUCGUCAAUGAUCUAUCAGUUGCAACAAUUUUUCCAGCAAAAAAGAAAUCAGAUGAUCAAGAAACAGCUAUUACUAAUGGUUGUGAUAUUCUUGUUGCAACACCAGAUCGAUUAAAAGAAUUUAUCGAUGAAGAAAAAGUCGAUUUAUCUCAACUUAAACAUGUUGUUCUCGAUGAAGUUGAUGAUGUAGUUGAUGAUAUUAAAAAAGUUCUUAAAAAUGUUUUUUCAUCAGAACAAGAAUCAAAACCACAAUUGGUUAUCUUCUCACAAACAGCAUCUGAUUCUCUUCGUAAAGCAGUUAAAAAAAAUUUGUCAGCUGAUGCUGCCACUUUAAAUUUGACUAAAACAAGUACAAAAGGAUCAGCUAAUGAUGAUGAAGAUGAAGAUGAAGAUGAAAGUGCUGAUAUGCAAACAGAUAAAGCAUCAGGUGAAGCAGAUGACAGUUCAAAAUCAGUUUUAUCAAAACAAGCAGGUUAUACAACAUAUAAAUUAUCAACGAAUGAUGAAAUAAAAAGCGUUGGAUUUGUAUUUACAAUGUUACGUAAAAGUUUUGGUGAUGAUUUUGAUGCUAAAGGCAAUGUUCCACAAAUUGCAUUUACAAAAGAUUUCAGAAGUGCCAUAUUCGAUUUACCAAGCGAAUUUGAUGAACAAUUACAAGGUUCAUGGAAAGAUAGUCCAAGAAUUCAAAUGGGACCAAUUACAGAAUUACCACCACUUGAUGAAGCAUCUAUGAAUGAUCACAAUAGAUUUGCACCUGGUGGUGGCAAUAGUGGUGGCAGUCGAGGUGGUGCUGGUGGUGCAAGAUCAAAUGCAUGUUUCAAUUGUCAACAAGAAGGUCAUAAAUCUUGGGAAUGUCCACAAGGAAAUUCACGAUCUCAACAAAAUGGUAGAUCUGGAGGCGGUGGUGGUGGUGGCGGUGGCUGUUUCAAUUGUGGUAAAGAUGGCCAUAAAUCAUUUGAAUGUACAGAACCCAAAAAAGCUUUUGGCGGCCGUUCAGGUGGUGGCGGUGGUGGAGAACGAUCAAAUGCAUGCUUUAACUGUGGUAAAGAUGGUCAUAAAUCAUUUGAAUGUUCAGAACCAAAGAAAGCUGGUGGACGUCCAGGUGGUGGUGGUGGAGGUGCUUGUUUCAAUUGUGGCCAAGAAGGUCACAGAUCUUUCGAAUGUACCGAACCCAAAAAAGCUGGUGGUGGCGGUGGUGGAGAACGAUCAAAUGCAUGUUUCAAUUGUGGUAAAGAUGGCCAUAAAUCAUUUGAUUGUCCAGAACCAAAAAAAGAACGAUCAUUUGGUGGAGGUGGCCGCGGUGGUGGUGGUGGUCGUGGUGGAGGUCGUGGCGGAAGUCGUGGUGGAUCUUUUGGCGGUGGUCCUAAACGCAGUUUUGGUGGUGACAAUGGUUUCAGUGCUGGCGGUGAUGCAUCUAAUAAAAAGAUCAAAUUUGACGAUGACGAUUAA